ACCACCUACGACGACGCGCACCCCCAAGACCUCGGCUACGACCCGAAUUUCGUACCGGACUCCGUUAAGUCGUUUGUCGUCCACCUAUACCGUCACAUUUGCGAGAAAAAUGUGUACGAGAGAUGUACGAGAUCUCAUUUCAAACCCUCUCGGACCGUCUAUUCGAAGACACUUCUUGGCCUUCCGUCGACGCCGUUGCUCAUUACGUCGACAACGACCAGGUGGUGUUGCAUAGGGUUGUUAACAUGCAGUUACCAAAUCAAUGGUUAUGGGACAUGGUGGACGAGUUCGUAUACCAAUUCCAGAGUUUCUGUCAAUACAGGGCUAAAAUGAAGAACAAAACUGAGCAAGAAAUCGCUCUUCUCGGCCAAUAUGAUCAGGCAUGGAAUGUGUAUAGGGUGCUUAACUACUUGCAAGCGUUUGUCAAGAAAUCGAAUAUUAUUCAGAUAUUGGAGCAGGAUAAGGAGGGUCUGGAACAAUUUACUGCUACUGAUGGGUAUGAUUACAGUGGUGGAAGCAAUGCCUUGAAGGUGUUGGGAUACUUCAGUAUGGUGGGUCUCUUGCGAGUUCAUUGUCUUUUGGGUGAUUACCUAACUGGGCUGAAGUGCUUACUUCCUAUUGACAUUAGUCAACAAGGUGUUUACAUCAGUGUUAUUGGAAGUCAUAUUACAACCAUAUAUCAUUAUGGGUUUGCCAAUCUUAUGUUGAGGAGGUAUGUGGAGGCUAUUCAUGAAUUCAAUAAGAUGCUCUUCUAUAUUUACAAGACAAAGCAAUAUCACCAGAAUUCUCCACAGUAUGAACUAAUACUGAAAAAGAAUGAACAGAUGUAUGCCUUGCUGGCGAUUUGUCUUUCACUUUGUCCCCAAGUGAAAUUCGUUGAGGAAACUGUGAACUCUCGAUUGCGUGAGAAGUAUGGUGAAAAGAUGGUUAGGAUGCAAAGAUAUGAUGAUGAAGCUUUUGCCAUCUAUGAUGAGCUCUUCUCUUAUGCAUGUCCCAAGUUCAUUACACCUUCAUCUCCAAGCUUUGAGGAGCCCCUUGUAAAUUACAACCAGGAUGCCUACAGACUUCAGUUGAAGCUGUUUCUGUAUGAAGUGAAGCAGCAGCAAUUGUUAUCAGGCAUCCGGACAUUUCUUAAAGUGUAUUCAACUAUAUCUCUUGGGAAGCUUGCAAAUUAAGUGGAUGAGCCCAGUCUGAGGACUGUCUUGUUGACAUAUAAGCACAAAACUCAUCCAGUUGAUUCUGAUGGAAAGAUUAUCAGUAAUGCUGAUGUGGACUUCUACAUUGAUGAUGACAUGAUUCAUGUUGUUGAAUCCAAGGCAGUGAAAAGAUAUGGUGAUUACUUCUUGCGUCAGAUUGUCAAGCUUGAAGGAGUGAUAAAUGAUAUGGAUCGCAUAAAGCUGGACUAGAUUGUCUGGUUAUCUUGCAAGGAGUUGACAGAUUUUACAUGAUUGUUUUACUUUUACUACGUAGCAGAGAAUUUAUUUUAUUUAUAUGGCAUUUUGAUGUCUUUUUUUUUUUUUUCUUUUGAAUUGGUGGAAUGUUGAUGGCUUCAGGUCUCAUGUAGUUCUUCACGUACCGUGGCGUAUUCAAGUUAAGAUAUAAAUAGUUCUCUGAGAGAGCACUGUAAGAGCGUCAAAGGGUUUUAUCCCAGUUAUGCAUGGCUGGCAUGCCAGAAAUUUUUGUUGAGUGAUGCUGUAAUAUUCUACAGACGAAUCAAUCAAUUGAACAUUCAAGUGCUACAACGCAAAAAGAAUGGCAGUUUGUGAUUUAAACUACCAUAGAAUGUGCAUCAUGUUUGGAAUGGGUCAUAAUUUUAAUGG